UAAUAUAUAUUAUCUCUUUAUCCACUAACAAACAUUGGUCAUUCUAUAUAUUACUUAAUGAACAGAAAAAUGGCAGGUGAAAAGCAGCAAAAACAUUUUGUUCUAGUACAUGGUGCAUGUCAUGGAGCUUGGUGCUGGUACAAGCUACAAUCGUUGCUAGAGGCAGAGGGUCACCGCGUCACGGCGAUUGAUCUCGGGGCCUCUGGUAUCAACCCGAAAAAACUAGAUGAGCUUCGCACAUUUGCCGACUAUACACAGCCAUUGUUCGACGUAAUGGAGUCAAUUCCGCCCGAUGAAAAGAUAGUUCUAGUUGGACAUAGUCUUGGUGGCAUGAACAUGGCAUUUGCAAUGGAGAAAUACCCUCAAAAGAUUUCUGUUGCUGUUUUUAUUGCGGCUAUGAUGCCUGAUACUGUACAUACGCCAAUCUAUUUUUUCGAACAGGUGUUAGAAGGAAUUACGAACGAAGAUAUUUUGGACAAUCAAUUCAUACCUAUUGGUAGACCGGAAGAACAUGGCAUGUCAAUGCUCUUUGGUCCGCUGUUCACAUCAUCCAAACUAUAUCAACUCUGUCCUCCUGAGGAUGUGGUGUUAGCAAAAGAUUUGAUGAGGCCAAUCUCUAAUUUUUGGGAUGAUUUGUCGAAUAAGGGCGCAUUUUCCAAUGAGAAGUAUGGAUCUGUAAAGCGAGCUUAUAUCAUACCUGACGAAGAUAAAACUUUAAAAGUAGAGUACCAACGCUGGCAAAUUAAAAAUGUUGGAGCCUCAAUGGUUAUAGAGAUGAAAUAUGCUGACCACAUGGCAAUGAUCUCAAAACCCCAUGAACUUUGUCAACAUUUAUUGGAUAUAGCUUGGGAUGGCAAAGGGCCUCGUCUCCGCCCAGCCAAGGAUUUUAUCAUCUCGUUCCCGCCCCAAUUUCCUCUUAAGGCAGGAUGGAACGAGGCUGAACGAGGUGAUCGUCAUGUUUACAACCUCAUUUAUAUAUUAUCAUUUUUAUUAUCUUUAUCUUUAUCUUUAUCUUUAUUUUUAGUUUUAUUUUUAUUUAAAUUCUAGGGGGAUUUGAGAAUUGGGAUUGGGUAAUCGAUUAUGAUGUGCUAAAGGUUAUUCUAAACUAAUGAAUCAGUCCCAUUUCCAUCUUCAUCCCCUAUAUAGAACAAGCAAUUUAAGUUUUGUGUUGUAAUAAGUAUUGAGGCCUAUAAAGCCUUCAGUUGUAAGUUUCUUUGUCGUGGAUUAGUUCAUUCCGAUUGUAACUCGUCUAUAUUAUAUUAUUUUGCUUUGGGAGAGAUGUUCCAUGA